AUGGUUAGCUUAUUACUGCUUUUAAGUCCGAUUGCUGUUUUCUUCGUGCAGAUAAACGCCGAACAGACUUGUUUAUCCGUGUCAUCCGACGUUUUCUCAAGUGAAAAGCGUCAAAAUGACACUUGUCAAUCGGUGAUUACCACCUAUUUUCCACCGGAAGAGGAAUCACUGCCAAAAUCAUGCGCCCGUUUGCCCAAAUUUGGAUACACUCAAGCGAUUGGACCGGCUAUAAACGGUCUGUGCCCGGCGUUUAGCGAGUGCUUCUUCGAAAACGAUCAAAAUCAGUGCUAUUUUGAAGAUUGUGACAAUUUACCGAGUUGGGCCACUGAGAAACACGCGAUUGGACCGGCCGGUUAUUUGCAAGAGUGUCAACUAGGAGCCAGAUGUUAUUUCAACGGCCAAAUGAACGAGUGCUACUCGAAAUUCGCGUGCUCGGUUCAGGAAGAUCCGGCAAACGAAUGCCUUCCCAAAGCCAAGGAACCGCCAUGUGCUUCACUUCCACUUUCUGGAGUCGCCGCUGCUUUGGGACCAGCCAUCAACUCUGAAUGCCCACCAAUGACCACUUGUUUCCAUAGCAAAGGCAGCAAUCAGUGUUUCGCUGAUCCGUGCCCAUUUUUGUCUGAAUCAAUCACCGAAGAUCAAGUUGUGGGACCCGCCGGUUUUCUUCAUGAGUGCCAAUCUGGAGCAAAGUGUUUCUUUGACGGCGAGUCGAAUCAGUGCUACUUCGAGUCGAAUCGAGCCGAGUCGAGCUCAGACUUUUCGAUGAUCGACUUUCCGUGUGCUGAUUUGCCCAGUUCAGCCACGUCGACACCCAUUGGACCUACAAUCAACGGCAUGUGUCCACCGUUUAGCGCUUGCUUUAACGAUGGGAAAGAGAAGCAAUGCUAUUUCAAUCCGUGCGAGAAGCGACCUGAGUCGAUUACACAGGAAAUGGCUAUUGGACCCGCUACUUUCGAGCAAAAGUGUCCUCCAGAAAGCACUUGCUAUUAUGACGGCGAAUGGAAUCAAUGUUUCGCAAAGGAACAAUUG